UUCCAACAGAGGGACAAGUCUCCUCCUCCCCUCCUCUCUGUAGCUGUAGCACGGCUCCGCACGGCUCGGCUCAGCUCGGCUCUCUGCUGCUGGCAGCCCCGGCCCUCCUCCUCUUCCUCCUCUUCCUCCUCCUCCUCCUCCUCCACGGGUCUUUCUGAGCCGGUGUGUGAUUGGAUCAGAGUCGGAUAGCCUUUGCCCUCUAACCCCGCUGAUGUUGUCUGGCUGCUUCCUGCUCUCCCUCCGCUCCUCCAGCUCCUCCUGACCGACCGACUCACGAAGCCUCGCUGAAGCCGCACGGCGAAGCGCCUCGCACGGACACAGACAACCGGGACGAGCCGCUAGAGGAGGACGACAAACCCGAGGCAGCCAUGCGGAGGAAAUCGAGGAUAUUGUUAUGUUUUGCGGUGCUGUGGGUGCUGGGGAUAGCCUACUACUUCUACUCGGGGACAUCGUUGAGUCGGAAGGAUGAUUGGGGCUCCAGUGACUCGUCCAGUAGGAGCAAAGCUCACCUGUCUGACGACAAGACUCACGGCCUGGAGACUCUGCCGCCAGGUAAGGUGCGCUGGCAGGACUUUGACCAGGAUCUGUACGUUGGUGCCACGGUGGUCCGACCGGGUCAGGAUCCGUAUGCCAGGAACAAGUUCAACCAGGUGGAGAGCGACAAACUCCGUAUGGACAGAGCCGUACCUGAUACGAGACAUGACCAUUGCAGACAUAAACAAUGGAAGACAGAGCUGCCGGCCUCCAGCGUCGUCAUCACCUUCCACAACGAAGCUCGCUCUGCUCUGCUGCGGACUGUGGUCAGUGUCCUGAAGAAAAGUCCUAUUCACUUGGUCAAAGAGAUCAUUCUGGUUGACGACUACAGUGAUAACCAGGAGGACGGAGCGCUGCUGGGGAAGAUCGAAAAAGUGCGCGUGUUGAGAAACGACCGCAGAGAAGGACUGAUGCGUUCGAGGGUUCGUGGUGCAGAUGCCGCCACGGCACCCGUCCUCACCUUCUUGGACUCUCACUGUGAAUGUAAUGACCACUGGCUAGAGCCGCUACUAGAGAGAGUGGCAGAGGACAAGACCAGAGUAGUUUCUCCUAUCAUUGAUGUCAUCAACAUGGACAACUUCCAGUACGUAGGAGCCUCGGCCGAUCUGAAAGGAGGUUUUGACUGGAAUUUGGUAUUUAAAUGGGACUACAUGACUCUGGAGCAGAGACGAGCCAGACAAGGCAACCCCAUCGCCCCCAUAAAGACUCCAAUGAUAGCAGGAGGUCUAUUUGUCAUGGAUAAGGAUUACUUUGAGCUGCUGGGAAAGUAUGACAUGAUGAUGGAUGUAUGGGGAGGAGAAAACCUUGAGAUCUCAUUUCGAGUGUGGCAGUGUGCUGGCAGUCUGGAGAUCAUCCCCUGCAGCAGAGUUGGCCACGUCUUUAGAAAACAGCAUCCAUACACCUUCCCUGGGGGCAGCGGGACUGUGUUUGCAAGGAACACGAGGAGAGCAGCAGAGGUGUGGAUGGACGAGUAUAAAAACUUCUACUACGCUGCCGUCCCCUCGGCGAGAAACGUCCCCUACGGAAAUAUCCAGAGUCGUCUGGAGAUGAAGAAGAGAUUAGGAUGCCAGCCAUUCAAAUGGUACCUGGAGAACGUCUACCCUGAACUGCGAGUCCCGGACCACCAGGACAUCGCGUUUGGAGCCUUGCAGCAGGGAGGAAACUGUCUGGACACCCUGGGUCAUUUUGCGGACGGCGUGGUGGGCGUCUACGAAUGCCACAACGCCGGGGGAAACCAGGUAGCGUUACUACGGCAACACACGCAGGAAUGGGCGCUGACCAAAGAUAAGUCAGUGAAACACAUGGACUUGUGUCUGACUGUGGUGGACAGAACGGCCGGCUCCCUCAUCAAACUACAAGGCUGUCGAGAGAACGACAGCAGACAGAAAUGGGAGCAGAUUGAGUCCAACUCGAAGCUUCGCCACGUGGGCAGUAACCUCUGUCUGGAUAGCCGCAGUGCCAGGAUGGGCGGGCUCACCGUGGAGGUCUGCAGCCCGAGCCUCAACCAACAGUGGAAAUUCACCCUGAACUUACAAUCCUAGGGGGCGCUACAGAGCCUGGGAAAAGCUGGAUACUGAUAGAGACACCAACAGACUCUGAGAUGCGGAUAAAGAGAUGGAAACCUCUAGGAGAAAGACAAACUUGAUGGAUAAAUGGAUCCCUCUCGCUCCUCCUCAGAGGUGCAGCCAGUCACGUCUAUACACCUCUCCCCCACCCUCACCCCACCCAAAACAACAAAGAGCCACACCCACUGGGGGAGGGGCUUGUAGACCAUGAUGGAAACAUAAACAGGAAACUGACUGUGUUUGGUGGAUGGAUGGUGACAGUGAUGAUCAUGAUGAGGAUAAAAGCGAUGAAGAGGCUUUCCAUCCAAACUACAUACCUCAGUGUUUUUUCAUUGAUGGUUCCAGAAGCAAAUUUUCUUCUUUUACUUUCUUUAAUGCUGGUGAGGUAGAACUCUUUUUACUUUGUAAUUAUUUUAUUUUAUUAUUAAUAAUAUUUUUUAUUUCACGGAGGUUUGGCAGGAGCUUUUUUUUUUUUUUUUUUUUUAUAAAUGGGACGUUGGUGUUGGCUCCUCUCCGGUGCUCUCUCUCUCUCUUUGUUUCACCACACCGAGUUGGAGCCUCUAACGGCAGACGGAGGCCUCAGGUUGUGGUUUCGCUGACGUUUGGGUGUAGAGCAAUGUGAAGGGAGGAAAAUGGACUCGAUUCCUUGAGCUAUUCCUCUCGUUUACUCUCAUUGGUUCACAGGAUCAACAGAGAAAAGAGAGGCAAAGUGGAUAGAAGAAGAAGCUGUGUGUCCUGCUUUGACAGUUUUUCCUACAGAUUGCAUCUUGGGGAGGGUUGAGGGGGUGCAGGGAGGAGCUUCUCUGCUUUGAACGGGGGCCUGACGCCGGUUUGGUUUGGCCGGAAGUGCAGUUCCUGAAACCAGGAAGUGUCUUGAAGCCACCCCUCAGGAUUUACUGUUUGUCGUCCGGCUGUAGCACUGGCUGCCACAGCAUCUUCACUUCUGCACCAUUAUGUCUCUAAAGAAACAAUCCACCGAAAAAAAAAAAAAAAAUCUCUUAACAGUCUUUUUUUUCUGUCUUUACUUUUGUCAAAAAAAUGGAACCAAAUUUCAAAUGGAUGUUUUUGUGUUUCAGGAACACCAGAGGAGCGAUUAAAAGAGUUUUUUCUUUACAUACUCUCGCUGCUCUCUAACUGCUCCCUGCGGAGCGGCUCACUUUAUACAUCUUUUUUUCCUGCUCAGAUCAUUUUCUUUGCCUGUGUCUAAUAAUAUUGCCAUCGUGGGAAAGUUACUGUCUAAUAAUCACACCCAAACUGGAUUUAAUGGUGCAGCUUUUUCUCUAGAGGUAACAGGGCUUGGCUGCAAAAGGAUAAUAAUGACAUUUAUAAUGUUACUCAUGAUUGAGAUGUUUGUUUCUGUGCUUUCAACACACACACCUGCCUGCUCUUGCACGGCAAUAGAAGGAAACACCAGUGCUCAUAUGAGGCUAACGUUUUCAGACUUGACGUCCCUCUUUUUGUUGACACAGUAAAACCUUGCUUAUUCCAGUCUGUCAUGCAAAAAGCAAACGGUGUCCUGACUCUAGUCAAACUGUAUGAAAUGUGCAUGCUCCUUCUAGCUGCAUGUACCACCAACCAGCUCCCACAGUUACACUCGGUCAGUAGAGGUUCCCAUCAACAUGUUCAUUUUUCUUCAUUGUGCCUGUUAGAUGAGCCAUCUGUUCAGGAGUUUAAAACUGCAAUAAACAAGGUUUUACUGUU